AUGGGCGAAAAUUUAAAAGUUGUCGUGGAAGGGCAAAAGGUCGUCAUUUUGCUUCCGAUUGAUGCACAUGAGGAGCUGCUGUGUCCGUUAUGCACUAGGCGAGGUCGGUAUGUCGGAGUCCGUAAAAUAGAAAAUUUGUAUAGGCAUUGUAAAGAGCAUCAUGCCGAAAAAGAAAUUCAUUAUAGAUGCUGGAGAUGCGGAUAUAUGGCGCCAGAGGGAAAGCGUUACCCCCGAAAAAUUGUUUCACAGCAUUGCAGUGAAUGUGUGACUGAUCACGGGGUGAACCCAAGGACCACGGAACGAGAGCGUAGGAAUGGAAUAAGAAGAGAUUUGGGCGUGACUAAUAACUCACCACGUCAAUCAUUAUCACCAUCUCAACCAUUAUCACACCCUCAAGUUGGUUCUGUGGAUCUUGGGAUAACUAAUCAGAGAAUCACAGGGACACCGGUGCAAAUUGUCAUGCAGACCGAGACUACGACAGCUCCACGACUCACAGAUAUAGAUUAUGCGAUUUCUGGGGGGCCUAAUCAAAAUACGUCAUCUCACAGGCAUGCGGUGUCAAGGAGUGAUGUAACACCUGAGAGGAUCCCCAGAGUAUCAGAACAGCCUCUGGCAUCAGAAGAGCCUGUUGCUGAUGGGGUGAAUAGGGAAUCAUUCGGUAAUUCACGGGUUCAGAGAAAUAUAGAGCCUUUAAAUGACAGCCUAGUGAAUAUGGACUCUUCUCGCAGGCCUCAAAAUCGUCGUUACCCCACAGCAGAACAAAGUCGGUAUAUGGAGGAGAUUGACUCGGUGAGCAACUCAGAAGAAUUUGAAGAGGUUGCCCGUAGAGCCAUGUCUUUCCUAUGUAGGUUCACGCACACGGGACACGACAAUGAGCGGCGAUUACAGCGACAUAGAUCGGACAGCAGAAGACCCGUGCGCGUUGUAGAUAGAAUGAGUGAGGCCGCCCUUAUUCAAGGAAAAUAUCGUAAAAAUCGGAAAAAAACCGUGCAACAAGUGCUCAACGGGCCUGCUAGGUACUGCAAAAUUUCCAAAUCGGCUAUUGAGCAAUACUUCACAGAAAUGGCCGCUCCUCGAAACGGAGAUCAAUUGUGGCCCGAUGUCUUCAAUCAUGAUGACCCCACGAGUCUUAGCGAGUUGCAAUUGCUCAAAGUCUUUGAAAGGAAGGAAGUAAUGAGGAAAUUAAAAUCAAAAUCUAAUACUUCCCCCGGACCGGACGGAUUAACAUACGGUGACCUCAGAAAGGCGGACCCGGGAGCCUUUGUAUUGACAGCUCUAUUCAAUGCAGUGUGGCGGCUCGAAGUAGUGCCUGGCUGCUGGAAGGACUCAAAUACUAUUUUAUUACAUAAGAAAGGACCGGAGAAUGACAUAUCCAAUUGGCGACCUAUUUCGAUGGGAGAUACAUGCCCAAAACUCUUUGCCGCUAUAGUUGCUGACAGAGUCAAGACCUGGGCAGUCGCCAAUAGAAGAUACAGCACGUCACAGAAGGGAUUUCUUCCGUAUGAGGGAUGCUAUGAGCAUAACUUUGUGCUUCAGGAGACCAUCCAACAGGCCAGGCGCGAUAAAGGAGAGGUUGUUGUUGCCUGGUUGGACUUGGCCAGCGCAUUUAACUCUGUUCCUCACUCGUCUAUUCAUAGGGCUCUUGAGCAACACGGAAUGCCAGCGAAAGUAAGAAACGUAAUCGAUUCGCUUUACAAAGACACGAGAACUAAAGUUCGUACCUCGGAGGGAUUCACUGACCCAAUCAGGCUGCAGUCAGGGGUGAAACAGGGUUGCCCGCUUAGUCCGCAUAUAUUUAAUCUCACCCUGGAGGUAGUUAUCCGCGCAAUGGAAUUGACGGGUGAGGGAUUCAAAAUAAGGAAUAGGCGUAUUACAACUCUGGCUUACGCCGAUGACAUCGUAGUCCUUGCCGAUACACCAGAGGGAAUGAGACGUCUCCUCAAUGCAGCUGAGGAGGGCGCUCGGUCGGUUGGUCUUGUUUUUAAUCCCGCCAAAUGCGCGACACUGCACAUAAAGAGUGAUUGUGAGAGUGCGGUACAAGAUACAAUUCUUAACAUCCAGGGGGAACCUAUGAAAUCACUGGGCCCAAAUGACUACUAUGAACAUCUCGGGAUACCAACAGGCUAUGAUGUUGGACAGACUCCAAGAAGCGCAUUAAAAAAACUACUCGCUGAUGUCAAGAAAAUUGACGAAUCCCUCCUGGCGCCAUGGCAGAAAUUGGACGCAGUCGGCACCUUUGUCCUGCCUCGCUUGUACUUCAUCAUGCAAGGGGCUGACGUCGAAAAGGAGUACUUGAGGGAGGUAGAUAGAAUAGUAAAAAACUUUGCCAAGAGAUGGUUAAAUCUUCCUCACAGAGCCAGUUCAGAGUUAGUGUUUCUGCCACCCUCUAUGGGAGGUGGAGGAUUAAUGCCAUUAAGCGACCUGCUCGACUUAUACACCGUCACGCACGCUUUUAAAAUGCUAUGUGCUACGGAUGAUCUGGUGUGUGAACUGGCUAGGGAGGGAUUGAAGGAGACUGUGUCGGAGAGACUUCGAAAAGUGCCUAGUAACAUCGAUAUGGCUCGAUAUCUCUCUGGUGAUCUGGAUUUGCCUCGAUCCACAUCGCGCUCUUCGUUUUGGACCAAAGCGCGAAGUGCGGCACGAAGAAUGCAAAGUAAAAUAACCAUCAGAUGGAUAUGGCACCGUGGGGAAGAGGAAUUCCAUAUUCAGUGCGGAAACGGCGCUGCAGGAUUGAUAACACCAUCAUCAAGACAAAGUCUAUUUAAAAAAAUGCGCUUACAGCUUGUUCAAUAUUAUGCCCGUGGGCUCCAGGCCAAAAAAGACCAGGGAAAGGUGUUUGAAGUGACUUGCAGGACUGGUUUCUCAAAUCAUUUUCUCAGGAGUGGAAGGAAUACUCGCUUCUGUGAUUGGAGAUUUGUUCACCGUGCGCGACUUGGUGUCUUGCCACUGAAUGCCAUAAAAAGAUGGCAAACAGAUAUAGACAAAAGGUGUAGAAGAUGUGGCCGGGAGCAGGAGACUAUCCCACAUGUAUUGAACCAUUGUGGGUUACACUCUGCAGCGCGGCAACUAAGGCACAAUAAUAUUCAAAGCAGGCUCGUCAAGGCACUGAGAUGCCCGGGACUCGUCACUACUAACCAAACCGUUGAGGGAACACAUGGAGCGGCAGCGUUGCUGAGACCCGAUAUUGUAGUUCGAGACGAGGUUAGUAAAGAGAUCAAAAUUGUAGACGUCACUGUUCCAUUUGAAAAUAGGUUGUCAGCGUUCAGGGCUGCUAGAAUGGAAAAGAUCACAAAAUAUGGUUGCCUGGCAGAACAACUUAGGGCACGAGGAUAUCGGGUCAGUGUUAACGCAUUUAUAGUGGGUUCCCUGGGCGGAUGGGAUGAUAACAAUCAAAGAGUUUUGGACUUCCUCAAAGUUGGUCGCUUCUACGCAAGGAUGAUGAGGAGGUUUAUGAUAAGUGACACAAUUAGAUGGUCUCGUGACAUAUAUGUGGAGCACGUAAGCGGGAUACGACAGUACACGGUCGAACAUGAUUUGGAUCGAUCGGUCAAUGUCGUAACAUAA